GGCGUGGGCGACGGAGCUACCUAAAACGGUCACUAGAAGGACACUGCCUGUGCGCACCUAGUCCCGUCGUGCCGUGAUAGCUCACUGUUGCUCAGGGGCUCAACCGCGAUCUGUCUAUAAUCUAUAUAUACCCAAGACUAUUUUCGAUGUUUUAUAUCGUUCAGGUUUCUGGCCAUAUAUUCCUUCCUUAUAGUCUAAUAGCCAUUUGGUUGAGAUCUGAUUUUCCUUGAUUCACGAUGGCUCCAACUGUUGCUGAUUCUGGCGCUAAUGGCAUCGCUGUAUUUUCAGGAGGCGUGGGCGAUAUAAGAAGUCGACUUGUUAGGCUCAUCCCCAACCACGGCGAUGACAAGGAGAGGACAGCACUCAAGCUGCUUUUUGAGUACCGACUGGAUUCAGACCCUCUGAAGGCACGAGCGGAAUGGCUGGACAUUGUCGAGUCGCAGUCUCUCCUCUGGGGAUUUAUCUCCAGCCCAAAGAGGGAGCUCAUCCGCUCGGUCCUCAACACGGUCAAUCUGGAGAUCGUUAAGAGGGCCCGGCCCCCAAACGUUUACAACUUCGCCGGCGCGAGCAUCGGCAACAUGUUCCUGACCGGUGCUCGAAUCUUCUCUGGCUCAUACGAGUCGGCCAUCUACCUCCUGUCCAUGAUCUGCUCGAUCCCCCCUUGGGUCGAGGUCCUCCCGGCCAUCAACUCCAACUUCACCCACCACAUCUCGGCAGGCCUCAAGGACGGGUCGACAAUCACGGGCCAGGUAGCCAUCAGCCACCCGUCCGCGCCCACCGCCCUGCCCGACGACACCGAGGUGGCGCCGGCGCUGACGGCGGCCGAUCACGACAAGCUAGAAGACGCCAACCUCCCGGGCAGCCUGCCGGCGCUCCGGCGGCCCAACAUCGCCUUCAGCAAGGACGACGAGGAGGACCUGCCGGCGCGGAUCGAGCGGGUGUGGUAUAUCAACCCGUACGGCCACGAGAUCUCGCCCGUGGCGAACCCAAAGGUGGUGGAGGCGCUUGGGGCGACGCGCACCGUCAUCUACAGCAUCGGCAGCCUGUACACGAGCAUCGUCCCGAGCCUGAUCCUGCGUAAGGUCGGGCAGGCCCUGGGCGACGGGUCGCAGAUACGGCACAAGAUCCUGAUCCUCAACAGCAAGCUGGACCGCGAGACGGGGCCCAGGACAGACCCCAUGACGGCGAGGGACUUUGUCGCCGCCAUUGCGCGGGCCUGCGUCGAGAGCCGGUCGCCCGAGUUGGUCGGCCGUGAAGAUAUUCUGAAGCGCUACGUCAGCCACCUGAUUUACCUGGAAGGAGAGGGCACCCCCGCGGUAGAUGUGCAAGAGCUCGAGCGGCUGGGCGUCAAGUGCAUCAAGGUCCAGGGGAAGACGGUCGGUGCGGGGAGAAAGGCCAUGAUCAGAUACGACGAGGCGGCGUUGGGCGAGGCUUUGGAAGCGAUUAUGGAAUCUUGAGAUCAGACAUGCGGCGAUGGGGUUCGUUGGACACGGCAACUUCCAACUGGAGCCAUAUAUGUAUUAUACAUAUGUAAGGUUGCGUCGUUUUUCUGUCGGCAUAGAUCAUGAUAGCUUGCGUAGAAUUGGGUAUUGAUGAUCUGAUUUCACUUUUGACAAUCAAUCAUCAAGUAUACAAUGAUAGAAGCAGCGGAGACACUCCCUUAGGAAUCCUGGUUCCAUCGUCAUG